CACUCUUCACCAUUGAAUUCACCCAUUUCAUUUGCUAUAUUGAGAUAUUUUCGUUUCUUCUCUUUCGUUUCUUUUCUUCACUUGCUUCUGUCAUUGCAUUUGCUUUGUUCAUUUCUCUGUGUGUUGGCAUUUCACAUUCAAGUGAAGUUUGGCCCCUGAAGAUAUGGCGCAUCAUCCUUUGACGCACUCUCACUCUUUCCGCGAGAGGAUUGAUGAAACUCUCUCGGGUAACAGGAAUGAAAUUUUGGCCCUUCUGUCAAGGCUUGAAGCCAAGGGCAAGGGAAUCCUGCAACACCACCAGGUCAUUGCAGAGUUUGAAGAAAUCCCUGAGGAGAACAGGAAGAAGCUGCAAGAUGGAGCCUUUGGAGAAGUUUUGAGAUCUACACAGGAAGCCAUAGUGCUGCCACCUUUUGUUGCUCUGGCUGUUCGACCAAGGCCUGGUGUUUGGGAGUAUCUACGUGUGAAUUUGCACAUGCUUGUCGUUGAUGAGCUACGUCCUGCUGAGUAUCUGCGUUUCAAGGAGGAACUUGUUGAGGGAACUGCUAACGGGAACUUUGUGCUUGAGUUGGACUUUGAACCAUUUAAUGCCUCUUUCCCUCGUCCAACUCUGAACAAGUCCAUUGGGAAUGGCGUGGAGUUCCUCAACCGCCAUCUUUCAGCCAAACUCUUCCAUGACAAGGAGAGCAUGCAGCCACUGCUUGAAUUCCUCAGGCUUCACAGUUACAAGGGCACGACUAUGAUGCUGAAUGACAAAGUUCAGAACCUGAAUUCUCUCCAACAUGUUUUGAGAAAAGCAGAAGAGUAUCUAACUUCUGUUGCUCCUGCAACGCCCUACUCAGAAUUUGAAAGCAGAUUCCAGGAGAUUGGUUUGGAGAGGGGAUGGGGUGACACCGCCGAGCGGGUCCUCGAGAUGAUCCAGCUUCUCUUGGAUCUUCUAGAGGCACCUGAUCCUUGCACCCUUGAGACAUUCCUUGGAAGAGUCCCUAUGGUCUUCAAUGUUGUAAUCCUUUCUCCCCAUGGUUACUUUGCCCAAGAUAAUGUCUUGGGAUACCCUGACACUGGUGGGCAGGUUGUUUACAUCCUGGAUCAAGUUCGUGCCUUGGAGAAUGAGAUGCUCAACCGCAUCAAGAAACAAGGCUUGGAUAUCACUCCUCGUAUUCUCAUUAUCACUCGUCUCCUCCCUGAUGCAGUAGGAACAACCUGUGGCGAACGUCUAGAGAGGGUAUAUGAUACUGAAUAUUGUGACAUUCUCCGAGUUCCUUUCAGAACAGAGAAGGGAAUUGUUCGCAAAUGGAUCUCGAGAUUCGAAGUCUGGCCAUACCUAGAGACUUAUGCUGAGGAUGUUGCUGUUGAACUUGCUAAGGAGUUGCAAGCCAAGCCAGAUCUGAUUGUUGGAAACUACAGUGAUGGAAACAUUGUUGCCUCUUUGUUAGCACAUAAAUUAGGAGUAACUCAGUGUACCAUUGCUCAUGCUCUAGAAAAGACCAAAUACCCCGAGUCUGACAUUUACUGGAAAAAAUUCGAAGAGAAAUAUCACUUUUCAUGCCAAUUUACUGCUGAUCUUUUUGCAAUGAACCACACAGACUUUAUCAUCACCAGCACCUUCCAAGAGAUUGCUGGGAGCAAGGAUACUGUCGGACAGUACGAGAGUCACACUGCCUUCACCCUUCCUGGUCUUUACCGAGUUGUUCACGGUAUUGAUGUCUUUGAUCCAAAGUUCAACAUUGUCUCUCCAGGAGCUGAUAUGGGCAUAUACUUCCCAUACACUGAAACUGAGCGUAGGUUAACAAAUUUCCACCCUGAGAUUGAAGAGCUUCUUUACAGCUCAGUGGAGAACGAGGAACACAUAUGUGUAUUGAAGGACCGCAACAAGCCAAUCAUCUUCACCAUGGCAAGACUUGACCGUGUGAAGAACAUCACAGGACUUGUUGAGUGGUACGGAAAGAACGCUCGGCUCCGGGAGUUGGUCAAUCUAGUUGUUGUUGCUGGAGACAGGAGGAAGGAGUCGAAGGACUUGGAAGAGAAGGCUGAGAUGAAGAAGAUGUAUGGCCUCAUCGAGACCUACAAGUUGAAUGGCCAAUUCAGAUGGAUCUCCUCUCAGAUGAACAGAGUUAGAAAUGGAGAGCUCUACCGUGUAAUUUGUGACACAAAGGGUGCUUUUGUGCAGCCUGCAGUUUAUGAAGCCUUUGGGUUGACAGUGGUUGAAGCCAUGACUUGUGGAUUGCCAACAUUUGCCACAUUCAAUGGUGGUCCUGCUGAGAUCAUCGUGCAUGGAAAAUCUGGAUACCACAUUGACCCCUACCAUGGUGACCGUGCUGCUGAGAUCCUUGUUGACUUCUUUGAGAAGAGCAAAGCAGACCCAUCUCACUGGGACAAAAUCUCCCAGGGAGGACUCAAGCGUAUUCAAGAGAAGUACACAUGGCAGAUUUACUCAGACAGGCUCUUGACACUGACGGGUGUCUAUGGCUUCUGGAAGCAUGUCACCAACCUUGAACGCCGUGAGAGCAAACGUUACCUCGAGAUGUUCUAUGCUCUCAAGUACCGCAAAUUGGCCGAGUCUGUUCCCCUUGCCAUUGAAGAGUAAAAUCAUUGUUGAAGAGAAAAUCGAUGGAGAAACCGGCUUUUCGUCUUUUGGAGCUUUCAUAAAUAACGCCAUUGAUUUUGAUUGUGAUAAGCUUUUCGAUUUGAAGAGUCUAAAAAGAGUGUCUUUGUUUUGAUAUCUUGCUUAGGUUCUGGGUCAGAAAAAAAUGUCAUUUUUAUUCUUUAUUGUCGUUGCAACAUUGAAUAUGAUUGGAAUCUUUGAAUUUGGGUGUUCAUCCCCAUCAAUUCAACUUAAAGACGUGCCUUCUGCAAUUCAAUCUCAA